AUGGAGGACACCACAUGGAUGACCAACCAUACUGAAAGUACAGAUUUUGUCCUGAUAGGAAUCUUCAGUCAAUCAAAGCACCCUGCUCUCCUUUGUGUGGUUAUUUUUGUCAUUUUCCUAAUGGCCUUGUCUGGAAAUAUCAUCCUGAUUCUUCUGAUACACUCUGAUACCCACCUCCACACCCCCAUGUACUUUUUCAUCAGCCAGUUGUCUCUCAUGGACAUGAUGUACAUUUCUGUUACUGUGCCCAAGAUGCUCAUGGACCAGGUCAUGGGUGUGAAUAAGAUCUCACUCCCUGAAUGUGGUAUGCAGAUGUUCCUCUAUGUGACUCUAGCAGGUUCAGAGUUUUUCCUUCUAGCCUCCAUGGCCUAUGAUCGUUUUGUAGCCAUUUGUCAUCCUCUUCAUUACCCUGUCCUCAUGAACCACAGGGUGUGUCUCCUCCUGGCAUUUGGCUGCUGGUUUCUGGGCUCAGUGGAUGGAUUCUUGUUUACUCCCAUCACCAUGACAUUCCCCUUCUGCAGAUCCCGGGAAAUCCAUCAUUUCUUCUGUGAGGUCCCUGCUGUAUUGAAGCUCUCCUGCUCAGACACCUCCCUCUAUGAGAUUUUCAUGUACCUGUGCUGUGUUCUCAUGCUUCUCAUUCCUGUGAUAAUCAUUUCUGGGUCUUACUACUUUAUCCUCCUCACCAUCCAUAAGAUGAACUCAGCAGAGGGCCGGAAAAAGGCCUUUGCCACUUGUUCUUCCCAUAUGACUGUGGUAAUUCUCUUUUAUGGGGCUGCCAUUUACACUUACAUGCUUCCCAGCUUUUACCACACCCCUGAGAAGGACAUGAUGGUAUCUGUCUUUUACACAAUACUCACUCCUGUGCUAAACCCUUUAAUCUACAGUCUAAGGAAUAAGGAUGUUAUGGGGGCUUUGAAGAAAACGUUGAAUGUGGGAAUGGUCCGUCAAGAAACUAUAAAGUAA